AUGGCGACUUCAGUUGCUACCCUGGACCAUCCUCCUCCUUCAUUCGCUACUCUCCCAACUGACCGUAAGUCACUUAGCUUCGAGUUAGCCGACAAUCUCCUUAGUCGUGGCCUAUAUUCCUCUGCUCAGCAAGUCAUUCAGAGAAUCAUCAGUUCCUCCACUACUCUCGCUGACGCGAUUUCUGCAGCUGAUUUCGCUGCUGGACGCGGCGUGGAGCUCAGUCUGCAUUGCUAUUAUGUGCUUAUUAGGAGAGUCAUGGGCUUUGGUGAUUUUCAAUUCGCUCGGGCAAUUUACUUUCACGGAAUAGUUGAUAGAGGGCUUGAGCCGGACUCGAAUAUUGUAAACUCCGUGAUAGUUUGUCUGGCGAAAUUGGGAGAUUUGGAGGGGGCACUGGUUCUCUUUGACCGGCUUUGGGACAAGGGUUGGAUGCCCUGUGAAGCCGCCGGUGAUACAGUUCUCAGAGGGUUAUAUGAGCAGAAGCGGUUUCUAGAGGCACUUGUGUACUUCACUAGGAUUACGAACUUGAAGGUGCAUGUGGGUUUCUGGUGUUUUAAUAUCUUGAUCGAUGGUUUGUGUAAACAGGGCCAUCUUGUUGAAGCAUUGAAGGUGUUCGAUGUAAUGCGAGACAGGACUGGCUUGCCGCCGACUGUCCAUUUGUUGAAGUCACUAUUUUUUGGGUUUUGCAAGAAGGGAAUUUGUGUGGAUGCAGAGAGGGUUUGUCGAGAAAUGGAAGAACAUGGUUUCUUUGUGGAUGCAGUAAUGUAUUCUUCCCUAAUAAACGCUUACUGCAAGCAUAAUGAUCUGAGAAUGGCAAUAAUGGUUUUUUUCCGGAUGCUGAAGAUGGGAUGUGAACCAGAUAAGUACACUUACACCACGUUGAUUCAAGGAUUUCUGAAGAUGGGGUAUCCUGAUAAAGGAUUGAUUAUGUACAACCAGAUGUUAGACUUAGGCAUGCAGCCUGAUUUAGUUACUGCCCAGAGUAUUAUUAGUGGUUACUGUCAGAACGGAAAGGUGGAUUCUGCUAUGGAGUUUUUGGAUAGCAUGGCCCGCUCUAGUUUGGUUCCAAGUGUCCACAAUUAUACGUCAUUGCUUUCAGCACUGUACAAGCAGAACAGGUUUUCCAAUGCUAAGGUAUUGUUCAGAAACAUGUUAGACCGAGGAGUUAUCCCUGACCAUGUCACUUUCCUAAUUCUCAUGAAAAAUCUCCCGAAGGGGCAGGAACUUGAACUUGCUUUCUUCAUCUUAAGGGCAAUUGCCAGAAAUGGAUGUAGGUUAGAUCCUUGCUUGCUCUCUGUUUCUCCUGAGAUAUGCUCUACUGUGGAUUUACAGUAUGAAAUUGAAAUUAUACUGUUGGAAAUUGUGAGAUCAAAUUGCAAUCUGGCAAAUGUGUCUUUUGGCAUCUACAUUAGUGCCUUGUGCGAGAGUGGAAAGUUUGAAGCUGCUUUGGCUUCUUUUGAAACGCUCAGGGGACUUGGCUGCCGUCCGUUGCCUUUCACCUUCAAUUCAUUGAUCAAGGGACUUUGCAAGCAUGGGUUACGCCAGGAAGUUAAGUAUUUGCUUGGUAUUAUGCAAAAACACGAAAUUGUUCCAGACUUCGCAACUUUCUUGAUACUAGUGAGAGAGUUCUGCACACAAAAUGACUUGACAUCUGCUUUUGAUGUUUUAGAUGAGAUGAAGCAGUGUGGAAUCAAGCCUACUGUAGCUAUUUAUGAUUGUAUCAUUGGUUGUUUAACUAAAGGAGGCAAAAUGUCUGAAGCUGAAACUUGGUUCAUGAAGAUGAUUGAGACUGGUUUGGAUCCCGAUGAAAUGAUUUGUGUCACUAUGAUCAAUGGUUACUUCAGGAAUAAACAAUCUCAGAAAGCCUUAUCCCUGUUUGAUGUUAUGGUGAAGAAUGGGAUCCAACCUACUAGAUUUUCUUAUAAUGCCUUGAUGAAGGGGCUAGUCAAGAACAAAAUGGCUCCAUGUGCAUUGACAGCUGUGAUGAGGGCUCAUGAUGGACGAGUUCACAGGGUUUCUUGUCUCACUUUAAUAAAACAGAAAAUAUAUAAAAUAACAAAUUGGUCUCAGCACUUCUACAAGUUUGAACUCCAGAAUUCAGGGUCACAAUCUGCUUCUGGUGGAGAAAGGUCAUUAUUCAGUGCAAUUGAACUAUACCAGCUUCGAUAUCCAUGUGGGCCAGUCUCGCUCAUUUUUUGUCACCAUGGAUCAGAAUGCAAAGUGCAUCCUGGAGCAUGGACCGCUGUUCUUGCAUCCCUGGAUAAUGCUGCAGCUCUUGUCCCGGAAGUGGUAUCUUGUGCAGAAGGUUCGGAUGAAGUUGCGCAGAAGAUCCUUGUCAAUGGGGUACAGGAAUUGGCAUUAAGUGCGAAGGCAGUUGUUUAA